AUGUCUAACGUGUUGGACUGGUCGGAACGGAAAAUCACUGAUCGUCGUUUUAUGCCCAACGAACACGGUCAACCGUAUCCGGCCAACUUCAAGGCGGAGUUAGCAAUCGUUUACAAGCGUUUCUUUCGGCUAUAUGCUCACAUCUACUACUCGCAUUUCAAGCAGCUUGAAGACGCCGGGGUGGAGCGACAUUUGAACCACUCCUUCAAGCACUUCGUAUACUUUGUACGCCGAUUUGAGCUCGUUGAAGAGUCGGAACUAGCGCCACUUCAAAGUUUGAUAGACGCAUGGAAGAUACCCUCUCGAGAGGUUCUUAUCGAGAUGGCAUCCGAACCGUAG